GAAUUGAAUAGCACUGGCGUGUCUCAGAUAAUCAUUAAUCUACUAAGGACUUUUUCAGUGAAUCCAGCUCUGAAAUCAAUUAGAGUUCUGAAUCACACGUUGAAUAUCCAGGGCUUUUCAUUAUCACUUACAUUCACAUCAAACGGCCCUGACUCGACUACCGUUGGGUGUCUCCCGACCAGCUCUACGCCCAAGGACACGCGUCGCUUGGAUUGAAAAAAAUUAGUUAUAAUAAUAAUAUUACGUUCAAUUCAUCGUACCCCCACCGUGCCCUGGAGACAAUGGCCAGCGCAUCACAAGCUGCCCCAAAAUUUCCUACAGUAUCAGUUGUGGUACCCAAGAUGGAGUUCCCAUCUAAACAGGGCCUGCCGAAGGUCUCACAAACAAAGACAAACAAUGAAGCCACGAACAAGACCAAUGCCAUCAAGUCAGAGAGUGACAAUAUUAAUGUCAACGCCACAUCUUCGCCGGCGCCCACCAUGCAGACCAAUGCAAGCAAGCAGGUCUCGGAAUCAGAAAUGCAGCUUGUAUCUUCUCUUGCUAAACUUCAAAAGUUGGAGACUAUGAUCCACCAAUUGCGGACGUUGCUCCCGGACCGUUUAUUGGAUCCGUUGGUGCCGAUUGUGAAUCCGAAGGCUGCGGCGGGGAGAUCGAUCCCGAGAUCGCCGCAGGUGCUGUAUGAGCAGCUUUCGCAGGCUGCGAAGAGUGGUGUUGCUGAGGUCACGGAGUUUCAGAACAUGUGGCGCAGUCCUGAAGUGAAAGCUGUAUGGGAGCGUGUCGAUGCGCAGAUCAGGGAGAAUGGCGGGCAAUUACUACAGCCAACUGGUGUUUGGGAUCGGAAUUAUGGCAAACUUCUAGAGGGCCUGCUGAAGGAGGAAACGGCUAGGACGGAGCUGCAGCGGAAUUCUGAGGAGGAGCUCGAGCGUUCGAAGAUCCAGUCGACUGAAGGGGGAUGGAGGGCAAUUGUCGACGGUUUUAUCCAGAAGAAUGUGCCAGGCGUGCGAACUUUGCCAAGUAAAAGCGAGGCGGCUGUCACUGUUGUUCUGCCCAAGGCUGGAAUGAGCUUCAAGGUACAUACGGUCGCUGGGUCGGAGGUGAACGGCGUACCUGCAUGGCAGGUCUCGAGUCGGACGAUGCCUAGGCAAGCUACAACAAAACUUGAGAGUGCAGUGUCUGAUUGUCUGAACUCUCGCCCGCGACAAUGGGACCUUGCCUACCUUCUUGACAUGAUAUCUUCCUACUCCAACAUCAAGCAAACAACCUGUGCCAAAUGCGGCAAAAUGACAGACAACGCAGCACAACUACCCGCCAUCCGCCAACAGAAGCAAUCAUCCGAACCCCAACUAUCGCCAAUCUGGGAAGCUUAUCACCCAAGCUGCGUUUGACCAACCCACCAUAUAAACAAAGCUAUUCACCCCGCAACAACUUAGGCGGCACACUGUACAACCCAAUCCAUUUUUGAAGCCCCUGCAGAUUCACCUCUGGCCAAACCAAGACCACCCUCCAACCAUGCGUUUCCGGAAAUCGACGAUGCCUUACCUAUUCUUACUAUAUUGAACCUCACCAACGAACCCAGCUCAUUCUACCAGAGCGCACCUUCCAUUCCACCUGUGCCCGUGGCUGAAUGUGCGACCUUUACUCGCACAAACUACCUCUACUACCAAGUCAAACAAUGCAGCCAUGAGACCCACCCACGUGUCAGGUUCGUUAGACCAAAGGCGCGAAGACCUAAGUUCUAUUUUUAUUCUACUUGGAACAAUAUUAUUUCACUAGGUAUACUUCAAAUGGGAUUCUUCCUCCUCGAGUCGAUAUGGAGAGUAAUAGUAUUAAGAAAAAGAAAUCGCGGUUAGAUGGGGC